CCUGUUUGGGCCAUUGCUUUGCCUUCCAGUUCUUAAUCUUUCCCGAAAGCCUCAUCACUUAUCUAAAACAAAAGAAGAAUGAGGGUCCCUCAAGAGAGAUGCCCACUGACUUCCUGAAGAUGUUCUGAAUGACUGUAAAUCAUCUUUAAGUGAAGAGAAGUUUCUGAAUCAAAUACAUUGAGGACCAUUUCUUUAGGGAGUUCCUAUUCCUUAUUUUCAUGACUCUGAGCAUAUUAAUCAGAAAUGGAGCAGAUGGACUGCAAACCCUACCAGCCACUGUCAAAAGUUAAGCAUGAAAUGGAUCUAGCUUAUACAAGUUCUUCAGAUGAAAGUGAAGAUGGGAGAAAACCAAGACAAUCCUAUGACUCCAGAGAAACUCUAAAUGAAUAUAGCCAAGAACUAAGACUGAACUAUAACAGCCAUAGCAGAAAAAGAAAAGCUGAUGACAAAUCCACUCAAGAGAUGGAAUUCUGUGAAAAUCCACACAUCGUGUGCUCUGGCUACCAGACAGACUUGCAUGGUGUAUCUCAGCAUGGUUACCCAUUGGAGAUGGGUUCAGAUGUGGAUACUGAGACUGAAGGUGGUGCUUCACCACCAGAUCAUGCUCUGAGGAUGUGGAUGACGGGGAUGAAAUCAGAACACAGUUCCUGUUUGUCAAGCCGGGCAAAUUCAGCUUUGUCCCUCACUGACACUGACCAUGAAAGGAAGUCUGAUGGAGAGAAUGAUAUACCGGGCAGCCCACGUAACCAGUUCACAUUCAGACCACUCCCACCCCCUCCACCACCACCACAUGCAUGCACCUGCAGCAGAAAACCACCUCCAACAGCAGAUUCUCUCCAGAAAAGAUCAAUGACCACCCGCAGUCAGCCCAGUCCAGCUGCUCAAACCCCUCCAACCAGUACGCAAGAUUCCGUACAUCUGCAUAACAGCUGGGUCUUGAAUAGUAAUAUACCAUUGGAGACAAGAAGUGAAUGGGAGUUUUGCUGGCCCUCGGCUGUGGAAUUCCCUUCCACCAGAAAUCAGGAUGACCACGUAUCUUGCCACCUACCAAGCGAAAAGCAUUUCCUAUUUAAACAUGGAUCUGGUUCUUCGGCUAUCUUCAGUGCAGCCAGUCAGAACUAUCCUUUAACAUCCAAUACGGUUUACUCUCCACCUCCUAGGCCACUUCCUAGAAGUACAUUUUCUAGACCUGCCUUCACUUUUAACAAACCUUACAGGUGCUGCAACUGGAAGUGCACUGCUCUGAGUGCUACAGCUAUUACAGUUACUCUGGCACUGUUGUUAGCCUAUGUUAUUGCAGUACAUUUAUUUGGCUUAACAUGGCAACUGCAGCCUGUAGAAGGGCAGCUCUAUGAAAACGGAGUCAGCAAAGGAAACAGGGCCACAGAGUCCAUGGAUACCACUUACUCGCCAAUUGGAGGGAAAGUGUCUGAUAAAUCAGAGAAGAAAGUGUUUCAGAAAGGACGGGCCAUAGACACAGGAGAAGUUGACAUUGGAGCACAAGUUAUGCAGACCAUCCCACCAGGUUUAUUCUGGCGUUUUCAGAUUACUAUCCAUCACCCGAUGUACCUGAAGUUUAACAUUUCACUUGCAAAGGACUCUCUGCUGGGAAUAUAUGGUAGAAGAAACAUUCCUCCCACUCAUACUCAGUUUGAUUUUGUAAAACUGAUGGAUGGAAAACAGUUAAUUAAACAGGAACCAAGGAACUCAGAGGAGUCUCAGCAUGCUCCUAGGAAUCUGAUCUUAACAACCCUGCAAGAGACAGGUUUCAUUGAAUAUAUGGAUCAAGGAGCUUGGCACAUGGCAUUUUACAAUGACGGAAAGAAAAUGGAGCAAGUAUUUUUAUUAACAACAGCAAUUGAAAUCAUGGAUGACUGUUCCACUAAUUGCAAUGGGAAUGGAGAGUGUAUCUCAGGUCACUGCCACUGUUUCCCAGGAUUCCUCGGGCCUGACUGUGCAAGAGACUCAUGCCCAAUACUGUGCAAUGGAAAUGGAGAAUAUGAGAAAGGUCACUGUGUAUGUCGCAAUGGAUGGAAAGGCCCAGAGUGUGAUGUUCCGGAAGAACAAUGUAUUGAUCCAACCUGCUUUGGCCAUGGUACUUGCAUCAUGGGAGUAUGUAUUUGUGUCCCAGGAUACAAAGGAGAAAUUUGUGAGGAAGAGGAUUGUUUAGAUCCUAUGUGCUCUGGCCAUGGUGUCUGUGUUCAAGGGGAAUGUCACUGCUCUGCAGGCUGGGGAGGAGUAAACUGUGAGACCUCUCUUCCUGUAUGUCAAGAGCAAUGCUCAGGCCAUGGGACGUUCCUUGUGGAUACCGGAGUCUGUAGCUGUGAGCCUAAGUGGACAGGUUCAGACUGCUCAACAGAAUUAUGCACUAUGGACUGUGGUAGCCAUGGUGUUUGUUCAAGAGGAAUAUGCCAAUGUGAAGAAGGCUGGGUAGGACCAAGCUGUGAGGAACGUACAUGCCACUCUCACUGUGCUGAACAUGGCCAGUGCAAAGAUGGGAAGUGUGAGUGCAGCCCUGGAUGGGAAGGGGAUCAUUGCACCAUUGCUCACUACUUAGAUGCUGUGCGAGAUGGCUGCCCAGGUCUGUGUUAUGGAAAUGGGAGAUGCACUCUUGAUCAGAAUGGAUGGCACUGUGUGUGUCAGGUGGGAUGGAGUGGCACAGGAUGUAACGUUGUCAUGGAAAUGGUGUGUGGGGAUAAUAUGGAUAACGAUGGAGAUGGUUUGACAGACUGUGUAGACCCUGAUUGUUGUCAGCAAAGCAAUUGCUACGCAAGCCCUCUCUGCCAAGGGUCACCUGAUCCCCUUGACCUCAUUCAGCACAGCCAGCCUCCUUUCUCUCAGCAUCCUCCAAGGCUCUUUUAUGAUAGAAUCAAGUUCCUUAUUGGCAAGGAGAGCACUCAUGUAAUCCCUGGAGAUGUCUUAUUUGACAGCAGACGUGCCUGUGUAAUUCGAGGCCAGGUGGUAGCAUUCGAUGGAACGGCUUUGGUAGGAGUGAAUGUCCGUUUCCUACACCGCAGUGAUUACGGAUACACCAUCAGCCGACAGGAUGGAAGUUUUGACCUUGUGGCUAUUGGAGGUAUCUCUGUCACCCUGGUCUUUGACAGAUCUCCUUUCAUUUCUGAGAAAAGGACACUUUGGUUGCCUUGGAAUAGGUUUAUUGUAGUAGAAAAAGUUGUCAUGCAAAGAACAGAGUUGGACCCACCAUCUUGUGACAUCACUAGCUUUAUCAGCCCAAAUCCAAUUGUACUCCCUUCACCUCUGACAACAUUUGGAGGAUCCUGUCCAGAGAGGGGAACGGUCAUUCCAGAGCUCCAGGUGGUCCAGGAGGAAAUCCCAAUUCCUUCUAGCUUUGUGAAGCUCAGUUACCUCAGCAGUCGAACCCCUGGAUAUAAAACCUUGCUCCGCAUUAUUUUGACACAUGCAGCCAUCCCUCCCGGAAUGACAAAAGUACAUCUUACAGUUGCUGUUGAAGGACGGCUAGUUCAGAAGUGGUUUCCUGCUGCUACAAACCUGGUCUACGCUUUUGCCUGGAACAAGACAGACAUUUAUGGACAGAAGGUGUCUGGUCUGGCAGAGGCAACAGGGAUCGUACACAAAGGAAAUGGAGAAAACAUGUUCAUUUCCCAGCAGCCACCAGUCAUCUCAACCGUCAUGGGUAACGGACACCAGAGAAGUGUCUCCUGCUCCAACUGCAAUGGUCUUGCUCUCAGCAGCAAACUCUUUGCCCCGGUUGCCUUGGCUUCUGGUCCGGAUGGCAGUGUGUAUAUUGGAGACUUCAAUUUUGUCAGACGCAUCUUUCCCUCGGGAAAUUCCAUUAGCAUUUUAGAAUUAAGGAACAGAGAUACAAGACAUAGCACAAGUCCAGCUCACAAGUACUACCUGGCUGUGGACCCAGUAUCAGAAUCCCUUUACUUGUCAGAUACCAACACCAGGAGAGUCUAUAAAGUGAAAUCUCUCAGUGAAACAAAGGAUUUGGCAAAGAACUAUGAUGUCCUGGCAGGGACAGGUGAACAGUGCCUUCCGUUUGAUCAGAGUCACUGUGGAGAUGGUGGGAGGGCAUCAGAAGCUUCCCUCAACAGUCCUAGAGGUAUCACUGUGGAUAAGUAUGGAUUCAUUUACUUUGUUGAUGGUACCAUGAUUCGGAAGAUUGAUGAAAGUGGUGUGAUCACAACAGUAAUAGGUUCAAAUGGUCUUACAUCAACGCAGCCACUGAGCUGUGACUCCGGAAUGGACAUCACUCAGGUGCGGUUAGAGUGGCCAACAGACCUCGCCGUCAACCCUAUAGACAACUCAUUGUAUGUACUGGACAAUAACAUUGUGCUGCAGAUUUCUGAAACUAAGCGUGUGCGAAUUAUUGCGGGUCGCCCUAUUCACUGCCAGGUACCAGGCAUGGAUCAUUUCUUGGUCAGCAAGGUUGCAAUCCAUUCAACCCUGGAAUCAGCUAGAGCAAUCAGUGUAUCUCACAGCGGGACACUGUACAUUGCUGAGACAGAUGAAAGAAAGAUAAACCGCAUACAGCAAGUUACAACCAAUGGUGAGAUCUCCAUAAUUGCUGGAGCCCCAACAGAUUGUGACUGCAAGAUUGACCCAAAUUGUGACUGUUUCUCAGGUGAUGGUGGAUAUGCCAAAGAUGCAAAGCUGAAAGCACCUUCUUCUCUAGCAGUCUCUCCUGAUGACACACUGUACAUAGCAGAUCUUGGCAAUAUUCGCAUCCGUGCAGUCAGUCGAAACAAGGCUCAUCUCAGUGACAUGAAUAUUUAUGAGAUUGCAUCCCCAGCAGACCAGGAAUUGUAUCAGUUUACCACCAAUGGGACCCAUCUUCACACACUUAAUCUGAUAACGAGGGACUAUAUUUACAAUUUCACAUACAAUGGAGAAGGAGACAUUGCCACAAUCACUAACAGCAAUGGGAAUUCAGUUCAUAUUCGCAGAGAUGCUAGUGGGUUGCCUCUGUGGCUAGUGGUGCCUGGAGGCCAGGUGUAUUGGCUAACAAUAAGCAGCAAUGGUGUUCUGAAAAAGGUAUAUGCUCAAAGCUACAGCUUAGCCCUGAUGACCUAUCCUGGCAACACAGGACUUCUAGCAACCAAAAGUAAUGAGAAUGGAUGGACAACAGUUUAUGAAUAUGACCUUGAAGGCCACCUGACUAAUGCAACAUUUCCAACUGGUGAGGUCAGCAGUUUCCACAGUGAUGUUGAAAAACUAACAAGAGUAGAACUUGAAUCUUCAAACAGAGAAAAUGUGAUCACAGCUACAAACUUCUCAGCUACCUCUACUAUAUACACUUUAAAACAAGACAACACGCAGAAUAUCUAUCGGGUCAGCCCGGAUGGUUCGCUGAGGGUCACAUUUGCCAGCGGAAUGGAGAUCACUCUAAACACAGAGCCCCACAUUCUUGCAGGCGUUGUUAACCCCACUUUGGGAAAGUGCAAUAUCUCAUUACCAGGAGAGCAUAAUUCAAACCUCAUAGAAUGGAGGCAAAGGAAGGAGCAGACCAAAGGCAAUAUCUCAGCAUUUGAGAGAAGGUUACGGGCCCACAACAGAAACCUAUUAUCCAUUGAUUUUGACCACGUAACCAGAACAGGAAAGAUCUAUGAUGACCAUCGAAAAUUCACUCUUCGGAUUCUGUAUGACCAGACAGGACGUCCAAUUCUGUGGUCACCCAUCAGCAAAUAUAAUGAAGUCAACAUCACUUACUCACAUUCAGGAUUAGUGACCUACAUUCAGAGAGGAACAUGGACUGAGAAAAUGGAGUAUGACCCAAGUGGGAAGAUAAUUUCCAGAACAUGGGCAGAUGGUAAAAUAUGGAGUUACACAUACUUAGAAAAGUCUGUGAUGCUCCUCUUGCACAGCCAACGCCGCUACAUUUUUGAAUAUGACCAAUCAGAUUAUCUGCUCUCAGUCACCAUGCCAAGUAUGGUGCGCCAUGGUUUGCAAACCAUGCUUUCAGUUGGGUACUAUCGCAAUAUCUACACCCCACCAGACAGCACUGCUUCUUUCAUACAAGAUUUCACCAGAGAUGGACGACUUUUGCAAAUACUAUAUCCUGGAACAGGUCGCAGGGUCCUUUAUAAAUAUACCAGACAGUCCCGACUAUCAGAGAUUCUUUAUGAUACUACUCAAGUCACAUUUACAUAUGAAGAAUCUUCCGGGGUUAUUAAAACAAUACACUUAAUGCAUGAUGGGUUCAUCUGCACCAUCAGAUACAGACAAACAGGCCCUCUUAUUGGUCGUCAGAUCUUCAGAUUUAGUGAAGAAGGCCUUGUAAAUGCCAGAUUUGACUACAGUUACAACAAUUUCCGGGUCACAAGCAUGCAGGCUAUGAUAAAUGAGACUCCUCUUCCUAUUGAUCUGUACCGAUAUGUUGAUGUAUCUGGAAGGACUGAACAAUUUGGAAAAUUCAGUGUAAUCAAUUAUGACUUAAACCAAGUUAUAACUACCACAGUGAUGAAACACACCAAGAUUUUUAGUGCCAAUGGUCAGGUGAUUGAAGUGCAAUAUGAAAUUCUUAAGUCCAUAGCCUAUUGGAUGACCAUUCAGUAUGAUAAUAUGGGUCGUAUGGUGAUAUGUGAUAUACGAGUAGGAGUAGAUGCCAACAUAACAAGGUAUUUUUAUGAGUAUGAUGCUGAUGGUCAACUUCAAACUGUCUCUGUGAAUGACAAAACCCAGUGGCGUUAUAGUUAUGACCUGAAUGGAAACAUCAACUUGCUUAGUCAUGGAAACAGUGCCCGUCUCACUCCUCUGAGAUAUGAUCUUAGAGAUCGCAUCACUAGACUAGGAGAAAUUCAGUACAAAAUGGAUGAAGAUGGUUUUCUUAGACAAAGAGGCAAUGAAAUAUUUGAGUAUAACUCGAAUGGUCUCCUUAACAAAGCCUACAACAAAGUGUCUGGUUGGACUGUGCAAUACUGUUAUGAUGGGCUUGGACGACGAGUUGCAAGUAAAUCGAGUCUAGGACAACACCUACAGUUCUUUUAUGCUGAUCUCUCCAAUCCAAUAAGAGUUACUCAUUUAUACAAUCAUACUAGCUCAGAAAUAACUUCCCUGUAUUAUGAUCUUCAAGGUCAUCUCAUUGCUAUGGAAUUAAGCAGUGGAGAAGAAUAUUAUGUUGCUUGUGACAACACCGGCACACCCCUAGCUAUCUUUAGCAGUCGGGGCCAAGUAAUCAAAGAAAUUCUGUACACACCUUAUGGAGAUAUCUACCAGGACACUUAUCCAGAUUUUCAGGUUAUCAUUGGUUUUCAUGGAGGGCUCUAUGAUUCUCUUACUAAAUUAGUGCACUUGGGUCAAAGGGAUUACGACGUCAUUGCUGGACGAUGGACAACGCCAAAUCAUCAUGUGUGGAAACAUCUAAACACCAUUCCCAAACCAUUUAAUCUUUACUCAUUUGAAAAUAACUAUCCAGUUGGCAGAAUCCAAGAUGUUGCUAAGUAUACGACAGACAUUGGAAGUUGGCUAGAGCUGUUCGGUUUCCAGCUACACAAUGUGCUUCCUGGAUUUCCAAAACCAGAGAUAGAAACUGUGGAGACAACAUAUGAACUUCUACAGCUUCAAACAAAAACCCAAGAGUGGGAUCCUGGAAAGACUAUCCUUGGCAUUCAGUGUGAGCUGCAAAAACAACUUAGGAACUUUAUAUCCUUGGACCAACUUCCUAUGACCCCCAGAUACAGUGACGGGAGGUGUCUUGAAGGAGGAAAACAACCCAGGUUUGCAGCCAUUCCUUCUGUUUUUGGAAAAGGUAUCAAAUUUGCCAUUAAGGAUGGGAUAGUGACUGCAGAUAUUAUAGGAGUAGCAAAUGAGGAUAGCCGGCGCAUUGCCACCAUCCUCAACAAUGCUCACUAUCUUGAGAACCUGCAUUUUACCAUAGAAGGGCGAGAUACACACUACUUCAUCAAGCUGGGGUCUUUGGAAGAAGACUUGGCUCUAAUAGGCAACACAGGAGGCCGGCGCAUUUUGGAGAAUGGUGUCAAUGUCACUGUGUCUCAGAUGACUUCUGUGAUAAAUGGGAGGACUAGACGGUUUGCUGAUAUACAGCUCCAACAUGGUGCUUUGUGCUUUAAUGUUCGAUAUGGGACAACCAUUGAAGAAGAAAAGAACCAUGUCUUAGAAAUAGCCAGGCAGAGGGCAGUAGCUCAGGCCUGGACUAAGGAACAAAGACGGCUGCAAGAAGGUGAAGAAGGCAUUAGGGCAUGGACAGAGGGAGAAAAACAGCAGCUUUUAAGCACUGGGAGGGUACAAGGCUAUGAUGGAUAUUUUGUUUUAUCUGUGGAGCAGUAUCUAGAACUUUCUGACAGUGCCAACAAUAUUCACUUUAUGAGACAGAGUGAAAUAGGCAGGAGGUAACAAAGAAAACCUCUGCCUUUGCGUCACCAAAGACUGCCUGUUUUUAAACAUAAAAUGGUUUAUUGUAUUGGUUUUUCUAGAGCAGAACUCUGUAUAUAUAAAUAUAGAGGAAAACACAUAUCCAACUGCCUUUAAAUGUGACAGAAGAUGGUAUUUUAAUAUUGUUUGUUUAACUCUGAGAGAUGACAGUGAAGAUUUUUAGUUCUUGUGUAGCAGUAUUCAAAAUUUCAGAAGCAGAGUUCAAAUGGUUCAACAACACAACUUAGAAAGGCGCCACUCUCGUUUAAAUUGCAGAUACAUGCAGAAUAUUUAAGAAUUCGUGUGCUCUGCUUUCUUCUUGAACAUACAUCUCUUCUUAGUUCAUUAAUUUAAUAACUUGCAGAUGAUUUAAAAGGUUAUAGAGCUUGAUUCUGCAACCCUUACUCACCUGGGUAGUCCUUACUCACAUGAGUUUUUCCAUUGACUUUAAUGGGAUGGCUCACAAGAGCAAGUGCUGCAGGACUGUAUUUAGAACCUUGUUAUCAGCACAUUUCAUUUUUCACAACUGUGAUCUAAAGAAGUUCCAGACCUGAAAACGGGGAAACGCAGUAGGCAUUUGAUACAGUAGCACAGAAUGGCUGUCCCAUAUUACAUUUAUCUUCACUCAUCCGUUGCCUCCUCCCAUUCUCUCAGUGAUAAAUGUCAUGUUGUGUAGAGUUUUGCAUGUGGCAGUGUUCUAUGAUUCUCUCCCUGAGGGCUUCUGUCAGACCUGGAUUACACUGGAUUCUGCUGGCAUAACCCCAAGCACAGAAGCCUGAUGGCAGAAAGUCCACCUGACCGAGUGUUGCACGAGGUGCCACAGCUAGCCAUCACCACUCUAAAAGUAGAAAGAAAUGUGCACAAGGGUCUGAUCCAAAGCGCCCAAAUUGACUUUCCAUUGACUUCAAUGAGCUUUAGAUCAGGCCCUGAUUCAGUGCAUCCCAAGCAAUCUCUGCCAGUAGUACUUCUGUGGACCCCCAGACAAACUUAAGGCCUCUCUACUGGAAGGAUUCACACACGCCCUCUUUGCCAGUGGGGGUGAAAAAAGGCCUGUCUCACUAUAGAGAAUAGUAACCUUUGUGUUCACUGGACAGGGAUUCUUCAGUUCACGAUUCGUUUGUAAAUUGGAGUGGUAUCAGUUUUUCGUCAUCGCCGUAGCCUCUUCUCACAUUAAUAAUUAUGCUGUAUGACUCAUUUUUUAUGUGUGAAAUAGACUGGUGGGUCAGAUUCGGUGAACCUAAGUGUGGAUAGUAAGUGUCGGACAUUUUGGGAAUGAUUCGACACUCUUUGGCUCAGUCUGUAGAGCACAUAGCAAAGUAUUAUAAUGGUAGGGCGGGAAUUUUAUUUCGCAGGAUAUCAUGAGCUGUCAAUAUAGUGAUUUCAUAGCAAAGUGUGUGAUCCUUCUUUUAACCUGUCAUUUUUAAAGGACUUAAUUGUUUUGUGGGGGAUUGUGUGCAAAUUUUCUGUUAAUUUCAGACAGGAUUAGAAUUUCCUCUUAGAAUCUAUGUAUCUUUAAUGGUAACAUUAUUGCACAUUUUUACCAAAACAGACAUAGUAAAUAUAGUCUAAUCAUCUCUGCUCGUAUUUACUUUUGCCAAAAGCAGGGUUUGUUUGUUUGGUUUUUUUCCUUUCCUGCUUUCUUUUUUCUUUUGUUUUCGGGCAAGGGGAACAAACUGUAGUGAACUUAGAGAUGAGCCUGAAUUGGAACAGCAGGUCUGAUCCCCCUUCAAACUUUGGGGAAGUUUGGAUCCAGCUCUCAACUUCACAACUUGGGCCUCGCUUUAUGGAUUCAGUCCUGCUCCCAUUGAAGUCAAUGACCGGCUUCACUGGCGCAAGAUCAGGCGCAGUGAUGAACUGAUCCAGAAGAAUGCCAUCCACACACCACCCCAAACUCUGGAGAAAUUUGGAUUGAAAUCUAGAUCCAAAUAUUGUCAUUGGGCUCAUCACUCACUAAUGUACAAUACUGGGAGCUGACCAAGUCUGGUACUGAUAGCUCUCAUCUCUGUAAUUUCCCAUAAAAUCAUGGAGAAUUUGAAUACCUCCACACCAGCCUAAAAAUGGACCUUCAGAUCCUUGAGCCUCUGAUGUUCUUUUAAUCAAUGACAAAAUAAUUUAUGAACUGUAUAUAGAGAGUGCAUUCAUAAAUGUGAUGAUGUAUUUUAUCACUGAUCCAAGAUGUCAAUAUUAGAGUCUAUUUUACUUAUAUUUUAACCAAUUAUACUUUUUUGCAAUUCACUAAUGAUGUAUCAUUUUCAAACUGCUUUAAAUAUCCAUUAUAAACAAACAUUUGAAGCUCUUAAUAGUAAAUUACCUUGAACUGUGCAUUUCUAGUAUGUAAUACAUAUUUAGUUAGCUUGUGCCUUUAGUUUCUUAAAGUUAUAUUUGUAUUAUAUGCAGGAAAUGCACUUUGUAUUACCUACAGAUGUGGUUUUUAAUACUGCCUUGAUUAUUAUUAUUCUCAUUAUUAUGCCAAAAGGUCAAAGAGUGAAAUGUAUUACAAGUUUGUCUCUCAAAGCAGAUCUGGCAUUUUUCCAGUUUAUGCGUAGAAAAUUUAAGAUGCGUUUUUGGACAGUUUCUUAUGAAAAAUAUGGAUGUAUAAGGAAUCAAAUGACAUUACAUGGCCCUGUAUUCUGGUGGCAUAAGAAAAUGUCUUCAUCGUGUUUGGUUAUAAAAUUGAGAAAAAUAAAAAUUCAGUGUCAUUUUUAGAUGAGCACGAUAGCAUUUCUAAAGAAAAUGACAUGUAUUUAUUAAUACAAGAGCACUGGAGGCCAAAGUUAUACUUACACACACAGGCCAGGCACCAUUCAAGAGCGCUCCAGUAAAGGAAUAGAUCGAAACCAUUUUGUUCAAGAACAAUGUAAGAUGGAGGCCUGGAAUAUUUCAGUCUCCAUGUUUGUUUAUUUUUUAGUGACUAAGCCAAUUUUCUUAGUGUUUUUAAUUUUGCACUAUAGCCUAGAGACCCAAAUGACAAAAACACAAAACAUCACAUGGGACAGUUUUAUGAUCAUUCAGAUCAAAUAAAUUGAUGAUUGCAUUCUGCGUUGGGAACUUGGUUCUAAAAGUGAAAAAAAGAAACACAUACUAAUGCACACUAUCUUUUAGCAAAAUACUUACCAUGAUAAGAUACAUGUUACAUUUUUAUGACAGCAAAACAACAGUGUGUAAAAAUAAUGUUUCCUUUGUUUUCAUGUUUAUUUAGAAAACUAGAACAUUUCAAAGGUAUAUAGAUGUAGAACAUAGACAAAUAUAUACAGACUGGACAAUGUGCAACUCUACACAUUCUAGCUGUUUAGUUUGAGAUCUUUAAUAUCCUCUCAGUUGUAUGCGAGUUAGAAGCUGUCUUUCUUUUUUAAUCAUGUUUUCAUGCACUUUCAGAAGUUUUAUUUUUUCAAGAUCUGCACUUAUUCCCGAUCACCAAGCCCUCUUUAUAUCACCGUCCUGGGUAGGGGAGGGCAAACAAUGUAAGUGUUAUAAAGAGGUACUUUUACAAGGAUAAACCUUAAUGGAGAUUAACGUUAUUGGAAGCCAAUGUACAGUAGCCUAUGCUUAGAGUGUUAUAAACAGAGGCACCUAUAGAAAGGUUGGAGUAUAUAAGGGAAUAAAAUCUACAGCUUCCUUUCAACAUGCUUGUCUACUCUGCAGAAUUCACAUCAGCAUAAUUGAUUAGUCUAACAUUUCAGCAUUCAGAUCAGACUGCCACAAUGGUUUUUUCCCCAUCAAAUAGAGACAAAUAAAAUGCUGACUGUUAUUUAAGCCUGUCCUUUAUACAAAGCAUUAUCAGGUCAAAAGCUUACUGGGUGUAAGAGGAAUUACUUCUCAAGUUCAACUUACUGUGGAUUUGUCUUGGCAUUUGUCAUCUUACAUUAUUUGUCCAAGAAAAUGUGUUUGCCAGUUACAAUAUUUCCUUAGACUUAGUGGUGGACUUUAGCCUCUUAAUAAAUGUUAGUAUGUCAGAUUGUGUCCUUGAUGAUAUUUUACUUGUAUGAACCAUGGUAAAACAUUGAAAUCUUAAUAUUCUUCUGGCAAAAGUGUCAAUAAAAGAGAAAGAGAAACAUAGCACACAGUAUAUGUCAAAAACAUAUUUCUCUUUAGCUUUCUCAUUAAAAGUAAAGAUGUUUACAGUGUAUGCCAAGAGCUUCAGUUUCUACCUAACAGUUAGAGGUUCUAAUCUUACAGAAAUUGUGUUAUAAUGGCCUGAGCCUUGUUGCUAGGAAACACUAGAUUCCAAUUUUUUAUUCCUGCUCUAACUUCUGUGGCUGAAUAGUGACUGGAUACUGUAUGUUCUAUGGCUGCAGUUAAUGGUUUGUUGCAUUUUGCUCUGGUUUUCAGACCAGACGCAUGCAUUUUCUACAACAGCAUCAUAACAACAUGUUGUAAAUAUUAAAAGUUAAUAUAUUAUGUGUCGAUAUUUGAAAGAGAGGAAAGAAGUACUUUGAAUAUUUCAUUUUUAAAAAAUAAAAUUGCAAA